UUUCCCCGAACCCGGUCCCNGCACCGACAGUCGCGGCUGUCGCUUUCGGUGCAGCUGUCCCCGGAGCUGACUCGGGCGUCCCGGCUCCUGGCUCCCUCCGUUGUCCCCGCUAGUUUUCACUGAGGAUGAGUCCCUGCGCGGCCGCGCGCCUGCCCCGCGGAGACCGCCGGCGCACCUUCAUCUAGCGACUGGUCACCCUCGCAAUUAUGGCUAUUUGAAAGGCUCAGACAGUGUGGAGGGGGAGUUCCCCUCCUCACUCCCCCUUGGUGCUUGACUCCAGGAAUAAUUUAUAAACUGAGAUUAUUUUUUUAAAUGAAGAACUUGUAUUUGAUAUGAACUUUAUAGAAUUAUUUAUAAAUUUUUGAUUUAAGUGCCAAAAGAUUAUACAGAGAUAUAUAGUUUUAUAUAAUUGUUGUGACAACUUAAAUUAUAACCCCCNAAGGGCCAUCUCUUCUUGAAAUUCUUCCUGAAUAGUAUCUUUGUGUCCUGGCUUUUUCACUUUUAAAAUUUACUUCGGUGACUGUUCUGAAGGAGUAAGCAAUAUAAAGCAAUUAGGAUGGAUUCUGCCACCCCCGACUGCACGUCAAAAUGCAGAUCCCUGAAGCAUGCUCUGGAUGUCCUUUCUGUGGUGACAAAGGGGAGUGAGAACCAGAUCAAGUCCUUCCUCUCCAGUUACUGCUACAAUGCUGCAACUGUCAAGGAUGCCUUUGGCAGGAACGCCGUCCACCUGCUUUCCUCCUGCGGGAAGAAGGGAGUGUUAGAUUGGCUUAUUGAGAAAGGAGUGGACUUGCUGGUGAAAGACAAGGAGUCCGGCUGGACAGCACUGCACAGAAGCGUUUUUUAUGGACAUAUCGAUUGUGUUUGGUCUCUGUUGAAGCAUGGUGUUAGCUUGUAUAUGCAAGAUAAAGAAGGAUUGUCACCUUUGGAUCUUCUUAUGAAGGACAGGCCAACUCAUGUUGUAUUUAAGGACACCGAUCCCACAGAAGUCUAUACUUGGGGAGAUAACACAAACUUCACUCUGGGCCACGGAAGCCAGAACAGCAAACAUCACCCCGAGCUGCUGGACCUGUUCUCCAGGACUGGGGUUUAUGUCAAGCAGGUGGUGCUUUGCAAAUUUCAUUCGGUGUUUCUGUCCCAGAAAGGGCAGGUUUACACCUGUGGCCAUGGUCGCGGAGGACGGUUAGGCCAUGGAGACGAACAGACAUGCUUGGUUCCCAGGCUUGUGGAAGGACUGUCUGGUCACAAUUGUUCGCAAGUGGCAGCUGCUAAGGAUCACACUGUUGUGUUAACUGACGAUGGAUGUGUCUAUACAUUUGGUCUCAACAUGUUUCACCAAUUAGGAAUUAUUCCUCCACCUGCUAGUUGUAAUGUACCCAGACAGAUACAGGCAAAAUAUCUGAAAGGAAGGGCUAUCGUUGGAGUAGCAGCGGGCAGGUUUCAUACGGUGCUGUGGACUCGAGAAGCCGUUUACACACUGGGACUGAAUGGUGGACAGUUGGGUCACUUACUGGAUCCCAAUGGAGAAAAGUGUGUCACAACCCCUCGCCAGGUCUCUGCCCUUCAUCAUAAGGAAAUCGCUGUGUCUUUGGUAGCUGCAAGUGAUGGCGCCACAGUCUGUGUGACCACAAGGGGAGAUAUUUACUUACUUGCAGACUAUCAGUGCAAGAAGAUGGCAACUAGACAACUGAACUUGAAAAAGGUUCUUGUCUCUGGAGGUUGUAUGGAAUACAAGGUUGAUCCUGAACAUUUGACAGAAAAUGGGGGUCAGAAAAUAUGCGUCCUUGCUCUGGAUGGAGCUGGAAGGGUGUUUUGCUGGAGAUCAAUCAGCAGUUCUCUGAAGCAGUGCCGAUGGGCCUAUCCUCGCCAGGUGUCAAUCUCCGAUAUUGCUUUAAAUAGAAAUGAAAUUCUGUUUGUCACACAGGAUGGGGAAGGAUUUAAAGGGAAAUGGUUUGAAGACAAAAGAAAGAAUUCUGAAAAGAAAGCAGACAUUUUACCAAACCUCCAUCAUUCCUCAUCAGAUGUGUCUUGUGUCCCUGAUACAAAUAGUGUGUAUGAAAGAAUUCGACUUGAGAAACUUCCUUUUGCCCAUAGAGCUGUUAGUGUCAGCACAGAUCCAAGUGGGUGCAACUUUGCAAUCCUACAGUCAGACCCUAAAACAAGCCUUUAUGAGAUUCCAGUUGUGUCUUCAUCAUCUUUUUUUGAAGAAUUUGGCAAGCUCCUGAGGGAGACAGAUGAAAUGGACAGCUUCCANGAUGUGACCUUUCAAGUUGGCAAUAGACACUUCCCUGCACAUAAAUACGUUUUGGCCGUGCGCUCUGACUUCUUCCAGAAGUUGUUUCUUUCAGAUGGCUCUUCUUUAGAGCUGACGGAUGUUUACCGGAAAGACGAAGAUGCUGCUGGCUGCCAUCUCUUUGUGGUGGAGAAAGUUCAUCCUGACUUGUUUGAAUACCUCUUACAGUUCAUGUACACAGAUACCUGUGACUUGUUAACUCAUGGCUUCAAACCAAGAAUGAUUGUGAAGAGAAAGGCAGAAGACUGUGAGGGCUCCCCAGAUUCUCAUCUGCACACUGUGAAUUGCCAUGUGGAUGAUNAACAGAAGUCAGCAUUUGAGGUGUACAGAAGCAACCAGGCCCAUACACNUAGUGAACGGCAGAAGAGCAAACCCAAAUCUUCUAAGAAGGGAAAAGGUGUUGGGGACGACGACCCUGUAAGGAUGUUGCAAAGUGUUGCUAAGAAGUUUGGCCUCAGUAAUUUGAGUAGCAGGUUAGAAGGAGUCAGAUUGGAAAAUGAAAAAAUUAAUGUUAUUGCGAAGAAAACUGGCAAUAAACUGAAGCUAAGUCAGAAAAAAUGUGGGAGUUCACNCCGCCCUCCUCCCCGGCAGACUGUGCACUUCCAUCGUGAGGAUGACGGUUUGCUUACUGCACUUCCCCAGAGUCAGUACUCGACAUGCACUAAUAACAGAGGANUUUUUUUUCUUUUUCUUUUUUUAGAGUCUCAAAAUGUGGACUUUGUUUGUAGUGUUCUUGUCGUGGCUGAUCAGCUUCUCAUAACUAGGUUGAAGGAGAUUUGUGAAGUAGCAUUGGCUGAAAACCUUACCCUUAAGAAUGCUGCAAUGCUGCUGGAGUUUGCAGCACUGUACAAUGCUGGGCAGUUGAAGCUCUCUUGUUUACAGUUCAUAGGACUGAAUAUGGCAGCUUUACUUGAAGCAAGGUCUCUGGAUGUUUUAAGUGAGGAUGUUUUGAAGGACCUUUCCAUAUUCUACCGAAAAAUGAUUCCAGCAAUGGAGAGAAGAGUCAUUACACCGUAUCAAGAUGGACCAGAUAUUAGCUAUAUGCAAGUAGAAGACGGAGAGGUCUUUUUUAAAGAAGAAAUAAGCAUGGAACCAAAUUACUCGGAAACUAUGUUCAAGAAGGCGAAAACAAGAGCUAAAAAGAAGCCACGGAAGCGCUCAGACAGUUCAGGAGGCUACACCCUUUCAGAUGUUAUCCAGAGUCCACCGUCUGCAGGAUUAUUAAAGUCUGCAAAGACCAAUUCUGUGGAGUCUCUUCCAGAAUUGUUGACCUCAGAUUCNGAAGGAAGCUAUGCAGGAGUNGCUAGUCCCAGAGACCUCCAGUCGCCCGACUUUACAGCAGGGUUCCAUUCGGAUAAGGUUGAGGGGAAAGCUAAGCCAUACGUGAAUGGUAUACCUCCUCCAUGUACUAGGGAAGAUGUAAAGCCAUGGGAGAAAUCACCAACAACUAAGUCUGCUCCCCAGUUCAUCCCCAGUAACAGAGUGGACACUGCAGCCUCUUCCAGUUGGGCUGCUGGCUCUUGCAGUCCUGUGAGUCCUCCUGUUGUGGAUCUUAGAACCAUCAUGGAAACAGAAGAAAACAGACAGAAAUAUGGCGCAGCACCAAAGUCAAACUUAGGAAAGAUUAUUUCUCACGGAAUCAAACUUUCUCAGAAGCAACGGAAAAUGAUUGCAUUGACCACCAAAGAAAACAAUUCAGGAACGAACAGCAUGGAAGCCAUUCUGACAGCUCCUUCCAAGUCCCCUAAGCCAGCGAAUGCAUGGGCACCUCUGCACUCACCUUUAUCCAGGUCAUUCCGGGAUUUUUUACUAGAAGAAAAAAAACCCGUUCCUGGCCAUGGUUCAGGAGAUCAUGUCAAAAAAGUUUGUUUUAAAGGAACUGAAAACUCUCCAGCCCUAAAUGUUGCAAGAUGUUCAACCCAUGGAACUCCAGGACUAGAAAGCAAUCAUGUUUCUGAUUUUCCAGUUCUAGACAGUCCCAACCCCUGGCAGUCUUCCUCCCUGGUGGCUUCUCCCGCAGUUGCUCCAGUCACAUUUGCAUCCAUUGUAGAAGAAGAGCGGCAACAAGAAGCUGCCCUCAUCAGAAGCCGGGAGAAACCCUUGGCUCUCAUUCAGGUNGAGGAGCAUGCAAUACAAGACUUGUUGGUUUUCUAUGAGGCAUUUGGCAACCCCGAGGAGUUUGUCAUCGUUGAAAGGGNACCACAGGGGCCUCUGGCAGUGCCUAUGUGGAACAAGCAUGGCUGCUAGCUCCCUGGAGAGGGUGCUGCUCCCCGGAUGUGGUUGCUCCACCCACAUGAAGAAAACGCAUGUGCAAGCGAGCGUUCUUACAGACUUGUUAGCACAUUGUUCUAGUCAGAGCAAGAAUGGAUAUGAUUUUUUCCUGUAGUUUAUAAUGUUUGUAUGACUAAUGAGAAAUUUAUCAGAAUUGUGAUUUUAGAACUUUCAUNUGNAAAAUGUGUCAGGAAAAAUGUUAGGCUAAGGUUGGUUGGAUUGUUUCUUCUAAAUUACCUAAGAAAAAUGUGAGUGAAAGGUGAAGCUUAGGAAUAAUUCAUGAAACAUAAAUUUUUCACUUGAGACUGUGGGGUGAUUUAGAAGAGCUUGCCGCAUAAGAUGUUAUGUUAAAUAAGACGUUGAUGAGCUUAAGGCAGGAGCCUCAAUCAUUACUUCUGAUCACUGAUGGCUAGAAUGUUGUGUUUGCCUGAGGAGAUGUGUCUCUGUUGUUGCUUUGUCACUGGGCUGUUAAUUUCUUAGGCCUCUUUACAGUUGCUGGACAGUUUAUGAUCAUAGCUUCUGUGGGAUAUUUGGAUUCAUAGAUUUUCUUUUUGUUGGGCUGGGAAGGUAGCAAGAGAGGACAG